GUGUGUGUGCGUGCGAACUUUCCCAGCCUGACUUCCACUCGGUUCCCAAGAGGUCACCACCCCUGCGAAGUGCCGAGAUGAUCCCGGAGGUGUUUCUGAUCUUGUGGCUGACGGGUCACGGAGUGAAUGCCGUGUUCUCACAGCAGCCUCAGGACUUGGUUGUUGUGGCUGGUCAGCCUGUGACGCUACCCUGCUCCAUCCCUGGAUACCAUGGUGUCGUGCUGUGGAUCAAAGAUGGCCUCGCUUUGGGCAUCGGAAGAGAUCUUGCAGGUUAUCCUCGCUAUGCUGUGGUUGGGGAUCAUGGAACUGGCGAGCACCACCUGAGAAUCCAGAGGGUGGAGCUGAUGGAUGAUGCAGUGUUUGAGUGCCAGGCCAUCCAGGCCGCCAUGAGGUCCCGUCCUGCUCGACUUACUGUCCUAGUUCCACCUGAAGACCCAGUCAUCACCGGAGGGCCUGUGGUGAGCCUGAGAGCGGGCGACCCCCUCAAUCUGACAUGUCACGCAGACAAUGCCAAACCCGCGGCCUCAAUCAUCUGGAUCCGAAAUGGGGAGGUGCUGAAUGGAGCCAUGUACAAUAAGGCUUUUGUUCGAGAUGGGCGAAGGGAGAGCACCGUAAGCACCCUCUACAUUUCAGCCUCCAACAUCGAAUCUGGACAGAAGAUCAUCUGUCGGGCGUCCAACAAGGCCGUGCCCAACGGGAAAGAGACCAGUGUCACUAUUGACAUUCAACACUUGCCGUUGGUGAAUCUCUCUGUGGAGCCUCAACCAGUCCUGGAGGGAAACCUGGUGAAGUUUCAUUGCUCAGCAAAAGCCAAUCCGCCAGUCACCCAAUACAAGUGGGCAAAAGGAGGAAGCGUGAUAAAGGAGGUUUCAGGAGACACUUACGAGGUCGUAGUGGACCACUCGUUCUUCACAGAGCCAGUUUCCUGUGAGGUCACUAACCCACUCGGGAGCACCAACAUUAGUCGGAACGUGGAUGUCUACUUUGGACCUCGGAUGGCUGCAGAGCCCCAGUCUUUACAGGUUGACCUAGGAUCAGAUGCUGUGUUUAACUGUGCCUGGACUGGAAAUCCCUCUUUAACUAUUGUAUGGAUGAAAAGGGGCUCUGGGGUGGUGCUAAGCAAUGAGAACAUCCUGACACUGAAAUCCGUCAGGCAAGAGGAUGCUGGGAAGUAUGUGUGCCGUGCGGUGGUGCCUCGCGUUGGAGCGGCUGAGAAGGAAGUCUCUCUCACCGUAAAUGGACCUCCGACCAUCUCCAGCACUCAGACACAUCAGGCUCCACAUGGGGAAAAGGGACAGAUCAAAUGUUUCAUCCGCAGCACGCCACCCCCAGACCGCAUUGCCUGGUCCUGGAAGGAGACUGUCCUGGAGUCGGGGACGUCAGGUCGCUACACGGUGGAGACCGUAAGCACAGAGGACGGAGUGCUGUCCACGCUCACCAUGAGUAACAUCGUACCUGCCGACUUUCAGACCAUCUACAACUGCACCGCCUGGAACAGCUUUGGGUCGGAUACAGAGAUCAUUCGCCUCAAGGAACAAGGUGGGAUCCAAGAAUCCCUCCCUGUUGCUGUGAUCAUCGGCGUGGCAGUUGGCGCUUUCGUUGCAUUCAUCGUCCUCAUGGGAACCAUCGGAGCGUUCUGCUGUACACGCUCUCAGAGAAACGCUCACCUGGUUAUGCCUACACUGCCCACCUCCAUCUGUGCUCAGCAGAGAGAACUUGCAAGCAAAAUUAAGACAGAAAACCUCAAAGGUGUGGUAUCAGCCAAGAACGACAUUCGAGUGGAAAUUGUACACAAAGAUCACAACGCAGCCCGAGAAAACGAGGAACACUCCGCCAUGAAGCAACUCAUGAUUGAACGGGGAGAGUUUCAGCAGGAGUCCGUUCUGAAGCAACUUGAGGUUCUUCAGGAAGAGGAGAAAGAGUAUCAGCACAUCAAGGAUCCCACUAAUGGAUACUACAGUGUGAACACAUUUAAGGAGCAUCAUGGCACCCCAACCACGCUGGCAGGAAACCAGACCACAGAGCUCCGGCGAGACCCUGCCACAGCCACCACCGGCAAACAGCGGGUUCCCACAGGAAUGUCUUUCACCAACAUCUACUCUACCUUGGGUGCUGGACCCAACCGCCUGUACGACUACAGCCAGCGGUUUGUGCUGGGCAUGGGCAGCAGCUCCAUUGAGCUUUGCGAGCGAGAAUUCCAGCGAGGAUCGAUGAGUGACUCCAGCUCUUUCCUGGACACACAGUGCGACAGCAGCGUCAGCAGUUACAGCAAGCAGGACGGCUACGUGCAGUUCGACAAGGACAGCAAGGCCUCGGCCUCCUCCUCGUCCCAUUACUCUCAAUCAUCGUCCCAGAACUCAGACCUCACGCGGCCCCUGCAGAAACGCAUGCAGACCCAUGUCUGACUGCAGGAGAUGGACAGAAGACAGAGGAAUCCAGUGAUGGGUUUGGCCAAAGGGGAUUGACCCAACCCCCCCCCAAAAAAGACGAGAAUCAGGAAGCAUUUCAAGCACAUCUAGCACGCCAGUUUAAUUUUAUCCUUC